UAAUAGAAAAUGGACUGAUAGAUUAGCCUAGUGAUUUCAGAUUAGGGAACUAUCCAAAUGUAGCUCUAAAAACAAGAGGAGAGACAUUAGAGGAGCGAAAGAGUAUUGUGGCUGGGUUGAGAAAGGACCUCAGGUGCAGCCCAAAUGGGAGGGGGUAGAGAGAGAGAGAGAGAUCGGGUGUAUCAGAGGGAGGGGUAGAGCACGGUUCAGAGGGAACGGGAGAGUGAGAGCGAGCAUGUGUGUGUGCGUGCAGGGUAAAGAUAGUGAGCGGGAGAACGAGAACGACAGCGAAGGGAAAAGGAACUGUAAGCCAGUCACAGCAUCUCUUUCCCACUGCACCAGUUGGUGAGGGACAGCUCCUCUCUUCAAAAGGUUCCUAUUUAUUUAUUUUGUGCUUCACUCCAGGACUGCUUUGCUGAAUGAAAUUGUAUUUCUGCCUCUUCGGUUAUUCGUUUGGCGACAGCUUAGUUCGGCUGGGGGAAUGGAAAUAAGAGGAGACGCACACAGAGGACAGCAUUGAAACUGGAACUCUCUGUACUGGUGGAGUCGUUCUCUUUUGCUGUGGCUUGGUUUUUGUAACAAGGAGCAGACGUACUGAGUGGAAGAAAGAGUCAAAAGUCCAGACAGCCGUGCCUCCCCUGAAACAAAAAAAAACGUAUUUGAAUGGAACGGCAUGUAUAAGUAAUAAUAUCAAUAAUGGAAACAAGCGCUUAAUAAGAGGAGAGGCUGACGUAAAGAGCUUUCACCCUCGGCUGUAAACAAGCAGAAUGCAGAUUGAUCCCACAUCCAUCGCAGCCGGCGCCCUGAACAGAAUUUCUAAGGAGACACAGUCCGAGGAGCUCUGAGACACCCAGAUGUCUUCUACCGGCUCCAGUAUCUAUUGAUCCGAUUGUGUGAGACUCCUGACAACUCCUACAUUCUUUGCCUGAAAAAUCCUCUUUUACAACCAGCUUUUGCCUCUCAUAACCUGGUGGACGAAAGUUUCAGAAAAGUGCGUGGAUUGGGAUUCCCGAGACCAAAGCUAGAUUUGUGGCUACACACACACAUACACACAUAACAGGAUCCAGAUUAUUCUGCGCCUCCUUUGGCUUCUCUCUGAUUGGGGAACAUUGUAAACAUAAUUCCCCCAGCGCUCUGUGGAACGAGAGCUGUGACAUUAACCACCGCAGAGAGCCCUGUGUUUGUCUAGCGUGUCUGUGUUUUAUUCGGACAAUAGCGGGGCGUACAUGGGGUCCAGACACUGACCACGGGACCACUCACUACCCCAAAAUAAGAGGAUGUGCAUACUACAAGACUGAGAAACAGUUGCUGCUUGUCUAACAGCAUUUUGGAACUUUAGAGAGGACUUGAGGUAUGAACCAACACAAUGGCCAACGUGGAUGUAAUUACUCGUAUGAAUUUGGGGUUUUCCCAGCGGAUCUUUCUCUGUGACAGUAAACAAGCUAUCUGAAAGUCAAAAUUAUACCGACGCUAAAUAUUUUAAUACUAUUUUCUCUUAUCUAUAGUCUCAAAAUAGGAGUCACGUGCUCCCUGUCUUAUUUAAUCUGCAGUAGGAUCUGCACCAGAGCGCCCUGCCUGCCUGCCUCAUGUUUCUCCCCCACAUGCCGACUACCCUGCACCUCCUGUGCUUUUUGCCCUUGUGAGGACAACACCUGCUCUCCGCCCCCAGUCUCCCAGUGGCAGCCCUCUUAUGCAUCAGGAGAUGUGGCCGCAGACUGUCAGGGAGAGCAAUGGGGAUCCCUGCCGCCGGGAUAAAUGCCUGGCAUAGCACCAGCAGACCUUUUUCUGUUUUUGGAGGAAAUAUAUAUAUUUUUUCGACAAUUACCCCACUGCCUCUAAGCAUGACUGAUCGAAAAAGUAGAGCCGAGUCGGCAGUCCUGCUUUCCUAUGGGCUGUAUUGAUUUUCGUCAGUCAGUGUUCAUUUGAUUGAGACCCAGCUAUGUGAGAGCCGAGGUGAAGGAGCGAGCGAGAGAGGCUAGAACUCCCAUUUGCUGAGGGAGGCUACAGGCAGACAGGUCUCCAGUUACAGUCCAUCUGCAUCGUGGUUGGCACAGCACAAACCUGACCCACCUGGACCGCGCCCAGAACAAUGAACCAGUCAGCGUUGACGACAGACCUGGUUCCCACUGCCAACAGCAGCCUGGUGGGCCCAGACCCCAACCACUCCUGUCCCCUGGGCUGGGGCCAGAACGAGGGUCUGGAGGCCUGUGUCUUGGAGACUGCGGUCAUCGUUCUGCUCACGGUGCUCAUCAUUGCCGGGAACCUGACGGUGAUCUUCGUGUUCCAUUGCGCCCCCCUGCUGCACCACUAUACCACCAGCUACUUCAUCCAGACUAUGGCCUACGCCGACCUGCUGGUGGGCCUCAGCUGCCUGGUGCCCACCCUGUCCCUGCUGCACUACCCGGCCAGCGUCCAGGAGCCCAUCACCUGCCAGGUCUUCAGCUAUGUCAUCUCGGUGCUCAAGAGCGUCUCAAUGGCCUGUCUGGCCUGCAUCAGCGUGGAUCGCUACCUGGCCAUCACCAAACCCCUGUCCUACAACCAGCUGGUGACGCCGUGCCGGCUCCGUGGUUGCAUCGCCCUCAUCUGGGUCUACUCCAGCCUGGUCUUUCUGCCCUCUUUCUUUGGCUGGGGAAAGCCGGGUUACCAUGGGGACAUCUUUGAAUGGUGCGCCCACUCCUGGCCCACCUCGGCGCUCUUCACAGGCUUUGUGGUAUGCCUACUGUACGCGCCCGCGGCCCUGGUAGUCUGCUUCACCUACUUCCACAUCUUCCGCAUCUGCCAGCAGCACAACCGGGAGAUCAGUGAGAGGCGGGCACGCUUCCCCAGCCAGGAGAUGGAGGCUGGGGAGGGUGGUGGCAGUGGCAGCGGCGGGGGGAACCACGCGGGUCAAGGACCUGACAGGCGCUACGCCAUGGUGCUAUUCCGCAUCACCAGCGUCUUCUACAUGCUUUGGCUGCCCUACAUAAUCUAUUUCCUGUUGGAGAGCUCCCACGUGCUGGACAGUCCCGCCCUGUCCUUUGUAACAACCUGGUUGGCCAUCAGCAACAGCUUCUGCAACUGCGUCAUCUACAGCCUGUCCAACAGUGUGUUCCGCCUGGGCAUGCGCCGCCUCUCGCAGACACUCUGUUCCUUCAGCCACUGUGCUGCCGACGACAGGGACUUUGGCGAACCCAAACCAAGGAAGAGGCCAAAGUCCUGCUCCAUCUGAGGCGUUGGAGGCUAUUGUUAGAAAAGCAGCGAAUUUCAAAGGUUACAUCUUUACAAAGCUGCUGAACAUUUAUUUGACAGGGCUGUCCCAAAGAGAGAGAAUUUAGGCUCUGACGGUUUGUUUUGAAGGAUACCAAUGACUUUUGCCACAGUCAUGCCAAGCCAUGAUUUACAGGCAAACGUUAGAUUGCUGAGGGAGGCUACGUUGUUUUAAAUGUUUACUUUCUGAACAACUAAAUGGAUGAGAGAUUGGUACUACAUUUUGGCUUUAAACCUGUGUAGUGGAGUUUAGCUGGUAACCUACUGUAUGUGCAUCCUUAUGUAAAACCUAAUUUGACCAUGGUUCUCAGGCUUUAAUGUUACGUUUUUUUGUUCCUCCACAGUCGGGUAAAGUGCUUGUAAAAAUACAAAGUUAGAGGUCCUCAAAAUGGAUAAACACUUUCCUCAAACAUUGAUGGUGACCUCAUGAUUUAAGCAUCUCUGAUUUCAAGGUAAUGUGGACUAAAGUGUAUUGAAUUGAAAUACCAAUAUUGGACUGCUACUAUAGGUCUGUGUUCUUGGUGGGCACUCAAAGGCCGAAUUAGCAUAGACAACAUCAACAUGUAAUCCUCAUUUGCAUACACUCCCUUUUAGGAGUUGACAUAGGGUAUGUGUGUAGCAAAUGGCUGACUAUUCACUUACUGUACAUGCUCCUUGACAAUGGUGUAAAUAACAGCAGAUGGGCUAGUGGCCUUGACCUGUUAUGACAAACAAAAGUUUUGCGGUGUUUGCAGAAGGUCUGUUAGCAAGCAGUCCGAGUGUUCAAAGACUUUCGGUCAGUCCUAAACAGAGAAAUGGGGCACUCAAUUUGACGAGUUACUCAAUCUCCUAAAAAAAAAAAACCACACACACACUGAUGAUUUAGUUUUAUUAGAUAUUUCUAUAUUUUCAUGUGUACUAUUUUUUUUUUUUUUUUUUUAAUCUUUGUCAAUGCUUCCUAUACAGUAGCUGUUUAGGAUGCAGAACGAGGGAUUGGUUCUGUCUACUAGUGCAUACAUCUCUCUCUUAAUCUUUGGUUGAGUUCCGAAAAAUCUGCUUCAACUGUUCCCUCUGCUUUUCCACGCUAAGUGCAGAGACCGUUCCCUUUUUAGGGCCUUAUUGUACAAAAUACAGUGGGCAUGUGCAGUAAAUGCACCACGAAGACUGCCUUUCAUGAUGUAUUAUACUGUUUGAUACAGCGCAGGUGAAGUCAUUCCAAGUUUUUCUUGUACAUUCCCAGAAUGCUCCGUUUUUAUAGAUAAUGUAGAAAAAUACAUGAAGUGCAUAUUUUCAGUGAUA